GCUUCUUCUCCUCGUGAUUCCUUCUUCUUCUUCACCUCUCUCUCCCCUCCCUUUUAUCGUGCCAACACUCCAAUCCCCUCUCGCUAAUGGAAUCUCUCCGGGGAACUGUCUUUCCUCUCGAUAGUAACCGCCGGCAGGGUCACCCGCUGGUUUGAUAGCUAACUCAGGCUUCAGCUCAGCUCCCGUUGAUCUUACAUUUUUUUUUCUUUGGAAUCGCCCCUUCCUUCCGUUUCUCCAUCUUGGCGCAUCAAUGGCGGGGGGUUUCGAUUCUGGUUCGACGCUUCUCGCGUGGCUUCUUUUAGCAUCGCUGCUGGUGGCGAGUGUGACGGCGGAGCCGCCGGAGGAGGAGAAGCAAGCGCUCCUCUCUUUUCUCUCACAGGUCCCACACGAGAAUCGUCUCCAAUGGAGCUCCAACAACAAUUCCUCCGUCUGCAGCUGGGUCGGAAUCGAGUGCGACGCGGACCGGUCCUCCGUCCACUCCCUCCGCCUCCCCGGCGCCGGCCUGGUGGGUCCCAUUCCGCCGGAAACCCUGGGCAGGCUCUCGCAGCUCAGAGUCCUCAGCCUCCGCUCCAACCGCCUCUCCGGCGAGAUCCCGUCCGAUUUCUCCAACCUCACCCUCCUCCGCAGCCUCUACCUUCAAAACAACGCCUUCUCCGGCGGUUUCCCCGCGGGAGUCACUCCGCUAGCCCGGCUCGCCCGGCUCGACCUCUCGUCCAACAACUUCACCGGCCCGAUUCCGUUCGCCGUCAACAAUUGGACCCGCCUGACCGGCCUGUUCCUCGAGAACAACGCAUUCUCCGGCCCUCUCCCUUCCAUCUCAGCCAAUUUGGUCGAUUUCAACGCCUCCAACAACAGGCUCAACGGCUCAAUCCCUAGAAAUUUGCAGCGUUUCUCCGCCGCGGCAUUCGCCGGGAAUCUAGGUCUCUGCGGCGGGCCGUUACCUCCCUGCAACCCCUUCUUCCCUCCCCCCAGCCCAUCCCCUUCCACAAUUCAACCAAUCCACAAGAAAUCGAAAAAACUCUCCACCGCCGCCAUCGUUCUAAUCUCCGUCGGCGCAGUCCUCGCCCUCCUAAUCCUCCUCCUCCUACUCUUCUGCUGCCUCCGCAGGAAGCAGAGACAACAACAACAACAACAGUCCCCCAAACCGCCGAAGCCGGUCCCCGGAGCCGCCGCCCGGUCCGUUCCCGUCGACGCCGCCGGGACCUCCUCGUCCAAAGACGACAUCACCGGCGGGUCGGCCGACGCCGAGAGGAACAAGCUGGUGUUCUUCGACGGAGGAGUCUACAGCUUCGACCUCGAGGAUCUGCUGAGAGCUUCGGCGGAGGUCCUCGGGAAGGGCAGCGUCGGCACUUCGUACAAGGCCGUGCUGGAAGACGGCACCACCGUCGUCGUCAAGCGGCUGAAAGACGUGGUGGUUACGAAGAAGGAAUUCGAGAUGCAAAUGGAGGUUCUGGGGAAAGUUAGGCACGACAAUGUGGUUCCGUUCAGGGCUUUCUACUUCUCCAGAGACGAGAAGCUGCUCGUCUCCGAGUACGUGGCCGCCGGCAGCUUGUCGGCGCUCCUCCACGGAAGUCGAGGCUCAGGCAGGACGCCACUGGACUGGAACAGCAGAAUGAGCAUAGCAUCAACCACAGCCAAAGGCCUCGCCCACCUCCACUCUGCAGGCAAACUACCCCACGGCAACAUCAAAUCCUCCAACAUCCUCCUCCUCCACGCUCACCACCACGAGGCCUCUGUCUCCGACUACGGCCUCAACCCGCUCUUCGGCACAACCGCCCCGCCCAGCCGCGUCGCGGGCUACCGGGCCCCCGAGGUCCUCGAGACCCGGAAAGUCACGUUCAAGUCCGACGUCUACAGCUUCGGCGUCCUCCUCCUCGAGCUCCUCACUGGGAAAGCCCCCAACCAGGCCUCCCUGGGGGCAGGGGACGAAUCGGCCGCGGGGAUCGACCUGCCGCGGUGGGUCCAGUCGGUGGUCCGGGAGGAGUGGACGGCCGAGGUGUUCGACGUCGAGCUCAUGAGGCACAACAACGUUGAGGAGGAGAUGGUGCAGCUGCUGCAGAUUGCAAUGGCGUGCGUGGCCACGGUGCCCGACCAGCGGCCCGAGAUGGCCGAGGUCGUGAGGAUGAUUGAUGAGGUGAACAGAGGGGAGGUCUCGACGCCGACGACGACGACGGAUGAUGGGUUGAGGCAGUCUUCCGAUGAUCCGUCGAAAGGCUCCGACGGUCAGACUCAGACUCCUCCCGCGGAGUCCAGGGCAACUCCUGGUAGUGCCAGCGCCGUUACGCCGUGAAGUGCGGUGUUAGUUCUGUUUUAUUUUUUUUAAGGGAAAAGAGAAAGGAAACGUCGUCGUUUGGGGAGGAGAUGUGCACAGUGUUCAUAAGUAAAAGUGGGGCCCAUUAAAGUGAUUUUUAUUUUGUUUGGGUUUAUUUAUAUCGAUUUUUUGGAGGGUCUUUUGGGGGUUUCCAAUAUUUUUAUUUGUUAGUUUCUGACUUUUUUUUUAUCUAUUCCCAGAAAUGUCAACUUUGAAAGAUUAAUUUUUUUUUACCGGUGGGGUGAAUGGGAAUCGGUGGUAGUUCCAUGAUGAAUGAAGUGGCUGGAAUUUAAUUUAACCAUAAAUAUUUAUUGACCAAUUGUUGGAAUAUGAUGCAAAAAUUGAC